UGCAUCGGAAGGCAGUCUCGGACAGACGGGGUUGUGUGAUGUCCCGCACAGACCCACUCAACAAGGGGGGCUCAGAAUUGGAUCACGUGACAUGCGAUGAAAACACUGAGCAGAAGAGAGAUGUCACAAAAGCAGUAACCGUCGACGAUCUUGUUACUCAUCUGCCAAUUAAAAAACUAAACGUUGUGAUCAAAAUGGACAUACAAGGUUUCGAGCCGCUUGCUCUCAAAGGCGCCUCAAACCUCUUCAAAACACACAAUGUAACUCUAAUUUACAUGGAAUGGUCCGAGCUGAAAGGAGCUUUAGUCACCAAUGUAAAAGCGACGCCCUACACAGACACGGUUGAACAAGUGAUGAGCAGACUGGUUAAUCACAUGGAGUUUUCUGUGUUCUCGAAAGAACUAGGAUCUCAGUUAUAUUGGGAGGACAGAUUACACUGGAGUGAUAAUAUAUUCCUGGUUCAAAAAGGAAUGGAGAAAGUGUUCAGAAUCACAGAUCAGAUACCAAGUCCACUAAAAGUGGCUUGAACACCAAAAAGCAUAUAUGUUUUGUUGUCGAUG